AUGAGCCGCCUCCCGACCAAGUCCACGGCCUCGGGCCUUGCCGAAUGCAGCCAGUCCCAGUUCAACUCGCGCCUUCAGCCCCCCAAGGCCAAGGGCACCAAGCGCGAGAUCCCCUUGCCGGCCAUUCAGUCCGAGAGCAAGCGCGUACCGCUGUCCCACAGGGCCGGAGAGUAUGUAACUAAGCCGUCUGCGGUUGCGCCUCUCCCACGACCCAAUGUCCAAGGCCAGUCCUUGCCAAAGCUCAAGAAGCCCGAAAUCCAAACUCGCCAGAUCCAACCCCCCUCCUCGCCCUCAUCAAGCGCCUACGGCAGAAGCACCGGCACUACCUGUCAGACGUCAACGGACCGCCCGCAAACGCGGGCUGGAGUGCGCGCUAGCCAUGGCCGAUCCAAGAGCCAGGCGCCCGUUAGGCCUCGUACGGCGUACAGCAACUACGAAAAGCCCGCCCCUGCUGAGCGCGAAGAGGCGGUCGUCAAGAAUGCUGUGGCACAGAAGAAGGAGGGCCCUGAGACGCCGAGUAACAAGCACAUGGUUUACAUGCUGAACAAGGUUGAACGGAGCAUCCGAGAUAUCCAGUCACCCGCCAAGCCACCCUGCACUAUGCCCUAUUAUCUGAGCAAGUCGUCUAACGUGAAAAACUUUGUAGCAUGGGAUGUCGAUGGCCGAGUCGUUGAUAUGGAGUCGCAGUUCAAGGAGCUGAAGGACAUGGUCAACACGACCCUGAUCGAGCGCAAGGGUCACGAUAACGCCUUGGAACUCGCUAAGACGAGAGGCAUGUAUAGUCACUUAUCCGAACUGGAACGAGACCGUGCCAAGCUUGAGGAUCGCAAUGAGACUCUGAAGAUGGCCCUUGACAGUUCGAAACAGGAUGAGCGACAGUUGCGACACGAAAUCGAGAAGCUCCAAUGGGACCACCGGCGAGAAAUGGACGAUGUCGAGAGGAAACACCGCGAUGCUGUCGACGACCUUUCCCGCAAACACGUGGCAAUCACCAGCGAGCUGAGCCGCGAACUCGACCGUGUGAAGGAGCAGGAGACAAAGGAACAUCACCAGGAACUCAAGAACCUGGAACGACGCCACCAGCAAGAGAUUGAAGACGAGAGGCAGAGGAAGGACCGCGAAAUCCAGGACAUGCGUCUGCGCAUGAACAGCGACAACCAAGAUCUCGAGAUGGCGAUGCAGCGAAAAGACCGGGAGAUGAUAGACCUUCGGUCGCAGAUCAAUGGCCUGAAGGGCGAUCUCGAGCGCGAGAGGACGCUCAAGGGAAGCCUGGAGACCAACAUUGCCGAGCUCGCGGCAUCCAACACGACGCUGGAAGCCAAGAUCAACUCUUUACGGUCGCAGGUAGACUUUCUGGAGUCGGACAGCAAGGCCCAGUCCGACUCAUUCUCGAGCAUGGAAGCGCGGCUGCAGGAUGCGCUGCGGGUAGCCGAGGAGGCCAAGGAGAAGCUCAUAAAGGAGGAGACGGAGCGCCGGGUGCUCUUCAACAAGUACCAGGAGCUCAAGGGCAACAUCCGCGUCAUGUGCAGAGUGCGGCCGGCGCUGGAUGAUUCUGAAGGGGAUAAGGCGCAGAUGACGUUCCCCGACGAUAAGACGUCUGCCGAGAUCGUCAUGGCGGGCCCUGAAGAGAGGACCUCGCUGGGUGUGCUGUCGCGCAAGAACUACCCCUUUGAGUUUGACCGCGUCUUCGUGCCGGGCACGCAGAACAAUGAGAUCUUUGACGAGAUCUCACAAUUGGUACAGAGCGCACUGGACGGAUACAACGUGUGCAUCUUCUGCUACGGCCAGACGGGGUCGGGCAAGACGUACACCAUGUCUUCGGAGGACGGCAUGAUCCCGCGCGCAACGCACAUGAUAUACGAGACGAUCGGCCAGCUCAAGGAGAAGUCGUGGGAGUACACGAUGGAAGGAUCGUUUGUCGAGGUCUACAACGAGGAGCUCAACGACCUGCUGGUGGAGGGAAGGAGCAGCAAGAAGCCCGAGAUCCGCCACGACGACGCGCGCAAGCAGACGACGCUGGUCAACUGCCGUACCCUGGUGGGGGAGAACCUGGCCACCGGUGAGCGCUGCGAGGGAACGCUCAACCUCGUCGACCUUGCGGGCUCGGAGAGGCUCAAGCACUCGCAGGCCGAGGGAGACCGCAUGAAGGAGACGCAGAAUAUCAACAAGAGUCUUAGCUGCCUUGGCGACGUGAUCGAGGCCCUCGGCCGCGGAUCCGGGCACGUGCCUUACCGGAAUUCCAAGCUCACGCACCUGCUGCAGUAUAGCUUGGGGGGGAACAGCAAGACGCUCAUGUUUGUCAUGGUGUCGCCGUUAGAGGCUCACCUGAAGGAGACGCUGACGAGCCUGCGAUUUGCAACAAAGGUGCACAACACACAUAUCGGUACAGCCAAGGCGACCAAAAAGAUCAAGGGAAGCGAUUCGUAA